UUUUGUUGCAGGUGCUAAAAAAGCGCAGAUCUUGUCCAAUCUGAGCUCUGUUACGUGUGUGAGGUACUUGUAUGUAAUAAAGAAUGUGAAUGCUGAGUGCUGCAAGAUUUGAUGCUUAUCUGUUGCGUAAACUAACAGAGAGUUCAUGUCACCUUGGAAACAAGUCCUCAGGUGCUGCACCUCACAUAAGAUGACAGCCAAAAGUACCAUCAAGACCAGCACCACGUCCAAGUGCAUAAUAAAUCAAAUAACAGAGAGAGAGAAGAAAAACAUUAUGCAACAGUAAUCCCAAACGAGCUCUAGUAGGUAGCUCCAUUGUGCAUUCUGUUGUUUAUAAUAAUAUCUAGAGUAAAUUUAAAUGCAUGAAUCAAACAACUCCAAAUGCACAGUGUCAUCCUUAAAUGUUCUCAUAGUGGUUUGUGCUGCAUGAUGUCAGGAUAUGACCACGCAGUCCAUCUGAUCCACAGCUCUGUCUUGACGCCUGUCAGAUUCGCUUUUCUCAUUAUGGAUGCUGCGAUGCAUCCACCAGAGCUCAAACCUGGGCUCACCGUCAUACUUUUCUGUAAAUGGUAUGGAAGUUAAAUGGAUGAAGGGAACAGCUGACAUAAAUGAAAAUCAGUUGUGAAUUUAAUAGGCCAGGCUUCAACCUGUCUCGAAAAAUUACAGAACUAAAGUGAUUUUCUGUGAAUUAUUUUUGUUUUUUACGACUACAAGAUGACUAAAUUGAUAUUCUGUGCUUUAUUGCCAUGCAUGGCAUUGACUUUUUGUUUGAAGUGAUUGCCUUUGCUCAUGAUAGUAUUCGAUACUAUUUAUUGCCCCCUUAGGACUCCUCACAGCCGCAGUUCCUCCUGUUGGAGAAUGAUACACACAGUGUUUAUGAGAAAUGGAGUGUGGCCACUGGGAGACGUAGUUAAGAAGUGAUGGAGGGAACUGCAACAAAAAAAGAUCCCCUCUUUUUCAAGCCUGAAGACUGAGCACUGAAUCCCUCCUUAGCUGCACCCCUGGACUGUUAGCAGUGUACCGACAUGACCUCAGGUCUGUAAGCUUCUGCAGCCAUGGCUUUGAAAGUGGACCUCACUGUAGAGCCCGAUCAACAAGAGAAGAUGCAGGAGGUUCCUGUGCCUGGCUGAGACGGUAACUGAGGUCAGAACUGAGCCCCGACGGAGGCGACAACUGGCUGAAAGUUUGAUGGAGGCAAGAAAGAGCACCACGGCGGGGGUUGUUUUCUGGACCCCUGCCCCGGUCCGCACCUCACCCACCAGCUCUGUAGAAUCUGAGGAUGAGUGGGAAGAUGACGAUGAAGAACAGGCAGAGAGAGAUGAUGACUUUCUCAUGCAGAUGGAUGAGAAUGGCAUCAUCGGACUGUCAGAAGCGCUGGAGGAUGUGGAGUUGGUGGAAACUUAUGGUGAUACAGAUGCAGAGUGUAAUUCAAACCUGUACUGCAGAUCCCUCAACCCAGAGAAGGCAGAUACCCUUGAGCAACUGAGUUAUGAUCUGAGUGAACAUCUGUCCCACACUGAAUCACGAGGAGAUGAUGUAGAAAUACUGCCACCAUGUGAUAACUUCACUGGCAGCCGAAAAGCGGGUGAGAAGGUGAGGCAGAGCAAAGAGAAGCAAGGGAUGGGAUGCCUCCCUGGGAGGGACAAAUACUUAGACAUGACAGAGGAGGGAAAGGAUGGAGGGGAAGCGGGGAAGACGAGUAACAGGAAGAAAAAUAAAACUGAACGCAGUAGCACAGCAAGAGAGCUUAUAACUACAAAUGGCUCGAGCAAGAGCUGUAUUUCCAAAGGAGAGACUUGGUUGAAGAGCUCUGUACCAUCUUGUAGUGCUCAUUUGCUAGCCAUGGAACCUGCUGGAGUCUCCAGUCAUCACUGCCCAGUAUCUCAGCCUGCCUCUCCUGUCACAUCCCCCACUCACCCCCACCUUCUCCACUUCACUCCUGAGGAAGUAGCUGCUGCUCCGUGGAUUGAAGCUGAAACUUUACCAGAGAUGAGCUUCACAGAAAGUCUUUCAGAAUCACAAAUGAUCCACUUAAACCUAAGAUCCAGUCCUCGUUGUCCCGAGAUAGAGAUUAGGGCUUCUCCUCAGCCAGCAGCUAUGUUUUCUGAAGAAGUCGUGUCAAAUCAUUACAAUGGACUAAAUAAUGGACGUUCAGAGGGAUGGCAGAAGUCAAAUAAGCAUCAUAAACAGCCCACUCCCUCAGCAAGGAAGAUGAGGCACCUCUCUCCUGAAGAUGCAUGUUCGUCUCGUUCCCUCAGCAUAGUUGGGGUGGACUUAAAAUGCAAACAUCAGACCACAAGUUCCGACAGAGUGCUGAAGACACCCAGGACCAAGAGUAAUGCAGCUGCAGUGGAUGAAUCCAGAAAACGAACUCUGAGUUACCGCACACCGGACUUCUCCAAGGUGGAGCCCAGAGUCCGUAUCCCCAAAAGCGGUUACAAGCCCCCCAAGAGCAAGCGCUCUUCUACAAGAGAGUCCCUGUCACCUGAGCCCCCCUUGGUGUUUAAAUCCCCUGCUGACAUUGUCAAAGAAGUGCUACUGAACAUGCCUGAUGGACCUUCUGCCCCAUCAGACUCUGACGGACCGGCAGCCGGUGCCCCAGACUUCACUGUGCCUCGGGACUUCAGGUGUCGCAGACAGGCCACCACGCUGCUCGAACAGCUACAGGAGGACUACAACACACUGCUGACUAAGUAUGCUGAAGCAGAGAACACCAUUGAUCGUCUGCGUCUGGAAGCCAAGGUGAACCUGUACUCUGACCCUGCGAAACCCAGCCACAUGGUGCAGUCAGGACUGAACCAGGAGGCCUCCAGGCUCAUGACGCUGGAUUUUCCUCAGGCUCAGAGAGUAGAGAUCAGCUCAGCCUCAUGUCAUCCAGAUGGACUCAGCGCUAAUCAGAGAAGUUCAUCUGCAGGUCCGUCCACAAGAAGCCCAGACCCUCACGAGGGACAGCAGCCCGCCAAGAUUCUCUACAAUCAGGCCGACAAGUUCCUCCAGCAGCUGCAGAACUUUGAGGAGCUUCAAAAGAACGGGAAACUCAGACGUUUUGACCAGGUGAAGGGUCUCUCCCAGCUUGCUGAAGGGCUCGAGUCUUUAGAAAGGGGCUACCUGUUAGCCAGGGAUGAGCACAAACUCUUGCUUCAGCGAGGGGCAGAAAUCGGCCACUUUGACCCUGAACGGGAGCUGGAGGGGCUGAUCUUUCAGUGUGGGCUCCUUAUGGACGAGCUGAAGGAGCAGGUGGAGCAGAUGACACACGAGCAGGCCACCUGUGAGGCUCCUCCCUCUGCACCUCCUCACCCCACUCCUCCAUCUGUCCCGUGUGAGGGGGGAGAAUCCCUGACUCACCCACAGGACCCUCCUGUACCUUUACCGGUUGAGCCAGGAGUUGUAGCGGAGGUGAGCCCAGCCAGUGAAGAGAGUUAUGAAGCCAUGGAGGAUGAAGAAACACUCUACCUCAGAACUCUGAAUGGCAAACACAGAUGUGCUGACCUAGACUUUGCCACACCAACAGAUCACUACCAAAGCUUCAAGGAGCUUCCCAAACUUUUAGUUCAUAGUCAGAGAGAUGGAGCUCCCCUUCCUGCUGCCUUAAGAAUUGAUGUGCAGCCUGGGGAAGAGGAGACAACGAGACAGAGUCAGAGAGGUGGAAACCAGGAAGUCCAGAAGAGUGUCCCGCAGAGGAAAUCAGACCAUGAGGAUUCCCCUCCUCUCCGCACCAGCAAACAGCAGACCAGCAGGUCCAGUCCUCCUUCGCACAGGGCCUCCAGUAAGUCCACCACACUUCCCACUGAUCCUCCCAGUAGCAGCAGGAGGAGGUUCAAGGUGGGAAAGUCCUGCAGCAGCAGUCUGAGCAGCCUGGGAGACGUCACUGCACUGGAGAGGAGGAACUCCAAAGUCCAAAGUGGGCGCAGCAGAGUGCUUUCUCAGGAUGGGAUCAUCUCUCCGGAGACAGACAGUGGGUUUGUGGGUUCAGAGAGCAGCCGUCUGACUCCUGCAGCAGCUCCCAGUCCUCUCCACCAGAGGGCCUCAGAGAGUGUUUCAGUGCCUGAGGAGGGGAAGCCAAGGCAGCCUCAGACAGGCCUUACCUCAGCACCAUCUCCUGCCUGUUCGCCAUCACACUGCUGUCCGGCUGCAGAACCCACCAGAGGCUCCAGGCUCAGCCUUGACCAGCCACGGAGAAGCAGACAGGGGCAGAGGAGAUGCACCCUAUCCAGCUCUCCACAACGCUGGGUCAGUCAGACAGAACAAGGCAGGGCUGACAGUGGGACCAGUGACUUUGGACUGGAGAGUGUCAGCACUCACACUGUAUCAGAAGACAGACAGAAUGGCCGCUACACAGAAUCUAUCAGUUCCUUCAGCAGCUCCAGUCUAAGCUCCUCCCCCACUGCCCGACAUCACAGAGGCGAUUCUGUCCGAGCACUGAGCUCAAGUCAGGUGGCCAGUCCUAAUGACGCAGUACAGACAUUGCAGGCUGAGGUGACCAGAUUGAAGGAGAAGAUUGAAAGCUAUUUUAGAAAUAAGGAGCAUCCAAGUUCUGUGAGAGCAACUCCUUCAGCUCAGGAGAACUGCACUCAGCCCAGCUCCUCUACACCUUGCAUCAGAUCUGGGGAGCGAUGGAGCAAUGACAGCAGGGGAAGAAGAGAUGUUGACGAGUCUACACCGAGACGAACGACCUUGAAGAAACCACCUUCUGCUCACAGACAAAAACCACAAGCCAACCUCUUGACAGCUCCAGAGCCCUCUACGCCUCAGCCUCAGCCUCAGGUGUCCAGAUUUACUCAAACAUCCGCUGCAGCACCAGACGGCUGUCCACACUCUAACACUGUCCACAGCAGAACACACCCCAGGCAGCGUAGUGGUGAGUCUCCACAAGCGUGUGAUACAGCAGAUGAACCUGACAGCAGAAGCCGUCAGGUGCCUCUGUGUCCUCAGUGUUUGUCACGUCACCAAGGGCGACCGGAACGACCAGCUGGUGGCCACAGAGAGCUGACUCACUCCUGUCAUCGCUGUCCUCUCUGUGGAUGCCCUGAACCGUACAGAAGCACUGAACCAGACUGUCGCAGAGUCUCACACUCCUCCACACACUCAAACCGCCAACCAGCUGAGUCCCCUGAUGGAGCGGCGAGGAGCAGACUCUAUGCGGCUGCAGAUCCACCUGCACUGCUGCAGUGCAUGCCAGUGUGUCCACCACCUUUCCUGUUGUACUCACCGUCCCUCUUCGUGUCUCCUAGCAACAGCGCUGGCUCAUCGUCAGGGGUCAGAGGUCGAGGGGAGGCGAGUGGCAGGACAAGACGCUCCCGGUCUGCCGACAAGCAGCGCUCUUUGGACAGCUCUUUAAACAGAGCCAUCAGGGCGGCUCGCCACAUGAAACUCACCUCCGGGCACAUGGCUUGCUCUCUGGCUAGUGGCCUGCACUACCAGGAGCUGCUGACUCACUCCUGCAGCUAUUAGUCUGUACUCACCCCAUGAACUGCAACAUUACCUUAACACCAGCAUCACUUCGGCUGCACGAUGAGGCUGUCAGCAUCGCCGGCAGCUGAAAAGAAGUGAGUACAGGACCAAGUGAAACAAAAAAGUGAACUCAUUCUUUUGUUCCUC